AUGCUACGUAUACGGUUAGGACGCUACCUAUUACGGCGACAUACAAAUGAAAAUUUGAUUUUGAAAUUAUUUUUAAAAAUGGGAUUAAAACCUAAAAAUUUCAUUCGUCGUUUAUUUCAUAAUAAAACUCAUUAUCAUUAUCGUCAUAUUGUAAAUACCGUAAAAAUUUCAACACAUGAUCAAUCGGUCCAAACAAGUUUCAAUGAUACACAAUUAACAACAACAGUAAUCGUCAAUAGUCGUCGUUCUCGAAAACAUUCAUCUACUACAUUAUCGUCAACUACACCCAAAACACGUCGUCGUUCAUCUUUAAAAACAUACAUAUCGAUCUAUUCACCGAAAAUAGUACCGUUAAUAAAUCGUUCAAUCCAUCGUCGUCGUAGUUAUGAUUUUGAUCUCAAAAUGCCCAAACGACUUAAGUGUGAAAACUCAAAUGUUGCUUUAAUCAGAAAAAUUCGUCCAAUUACAACUGAAUGUGAAUUAUAUGAAAAACCAUUGUCAUUAGUAUCAAUUGAAACAAAAAAAUUAGAUAACGAUACAACACUUGUUCCAAAUCAUCGAAAACUUUAUCAUGAUUCAUGGGAAUUUUUGUGUGAUACUCAUUCAUCUACGAACAAAUAUAGCAACAAUAACAUGUCAUUUCUUAAUUCCAAAGAAGAACAAGAACAAGUAGAUGAAACGAUCAGUAUGCAAAAUCAAAAUGAACAUUUUUCUGUUGGAACAAUUGGACCGUUGACAUGGAGUACACCAAUUCAUACAGCAUCAUUCAAAGCUUCAAGCCCUUACAGUCAAAAUCCUUAUCGAGAAAUGAAUUUAUCAUUCUCAAAUAUAUUUAAUAUUACCUGUCUAGACUAA